AUCACGUAAUCACCGAACUCUUCGCCGGCGAAUACUCUAAACCGCGAGUGUUCCGGUCGCACGGUGAUAUUUCUUGCAUUACGUUUAAGCCCAGUUUUAGGUCAUUUAUGUUGUUAUAUAGUUAGAAUAGAAAUACAGUCAGGAAAAAAUGGAAAAUGGGAAGGCCGAAAUAACUGACCGAACGGUCGUAAAGUGGGGAUGAGCGAAGGCUCGACGAAUUUCUCAUCGUCAAACAUAUAGCAGUGCUGGCAGAGAGAUGAUCUCUAUACAGACUCAACACUUUAACAUCAAUCGAAUCCUUCUGCUUGCGAUUGGCUUAUGGCCUUAUCAGCAGUCGAGACUCGUCCAGUUUCAAGUAAUCUUCAUCUUCGGGAUUCUGACGAGCUCCAUUGUAUUCCAGCUUACAGCCUUUUUAACCACAGAAUGUACUCCGGAGUUUGUUAUCAACGUUCUUUCUAUCACGUGUAUCUCCAUCAUUUAUCUUAUUAAAUAUAACGCAUUUCGCAUUAACAUUCACAAUACAAAAUAUUUAUUGGAGGAGCUUCAACAAAUUUGCAACGAACUAAAAGACGAAAAUGAAAUUGCUAUUAUAAAGAAUUAUGGAUGUAGCGCGAGACGUUAUACGAUUAUACUCAUAUUGCUCGCGAUGUGCUACGUAGUUGCUGUUAAUGUCCAGCCGAUUUGGCCGCGCAUAUUUGGCUUUCUUCUGUUCUUGAACGAUUCUCGAUCACGUAGCGCGAUUCAAGUCACGACGGAAUAUUUUGUCGACCAAGAAAAAUAUUUCUAUUUGAUCAUGCUGCACAUGAACGCGUCCUUUUGCAUUGGAACACUCGCGACGGUCGCGUCAGCAGCGAUGUUCUUAACGUACUUCAAACAUGCCUGCGGAAUAUUUAAAAUUGCCAGUUACCGAAUGGAGCAAGCCAUAAAUAACGAUAUCUUACAAAAUGUCAAGGAUAAGGUAAUGAUUUGUGAGAAAAUAAUUUACGCUGUGGAUAUUCACCGAAAAUCUUUAAGGUUCACCAAAUUUGUUGUAACCAGUUUCGAGGGAAUGUUCUUUUGUAUAUUGGCGGUUGGUGUGGCCUGUUUGAGUCUCAACCUUUUCCGCACUUUUCAGCUUGUAUCGUUCGGGAAUGAUAUCGAGGAGCUAUUGUUACAUCUGUCGCUCGUAAUUUCAAUUCUUUUAUACUUGUACCUAAUGAGCUACGUCGCGCAAGAAGUCACGGAUCACAAUAAACAUGUGUUCGAGACUGUAUACAACGUUCAGUGGUACAUAGCCCCAGUGGAUAUACAAAGGAUGAUACUGUUUCUAUUACAAAUUGGCAUCAAGGAUCUCAAACUGAAACUCGGCGGGCUAAUCGUGGCAUCUUUAGAGAGUGCCUCCACGAUCACGAGCACCUCCCUUUCUUAUUUUACCGUCCUUUAUUCUACAUGGCAAUAAGGAUCGACCAAUAAUGUUGCAAAAUAAUACUAGUGUAAAAUCUGAUUAAACAACAAGACAAAAAAAGAAAGAGAGAAGGAGAAAUAUUUGGUUAAAAGCCUUACUGACCUGUUCAAUUCCUACGAACAAAAUUAUGGAAACAUAUAACUAAGAAGAUGCAAAAAGGAGCAGAAAACAAAAACAAU